AUGCCAUGCCUCACGCAACACCCGGCGGCCUUUUAUGAUCAGGCCAUGAGGCAAUGGCAGCCUCGUUUGGAAGAUGCUUCGGAGCAUUUGGCACAGGUCCGCUUAGACCUGCGCGAGCACCUGCUGCGGAGCCUCGCGCCACCCGAGGACCCCUUUCAGCACAGUGGCAGCAGUUCUUUCAAAUCAGCCUGCCCGCGUUUGCCACCCUUGCCUGGUCGGCCACCGGAGUCCGAAGAGCUUUCUGCUCCGUGGGCCGCGUCCGGUGUGGUGGAAAGAGGCUCUGUGGCUGAGGCCUACGGCACCUUCUGCACAGAGCUCUUGGAGGCCGUGGACGUCACCGAGCUCCAGGUUCCCGCCUUGCCUCCGGCGCCCACGCAGGCAGAAAUCGAGGCCUCUGCUGUGACCCAGAUUUCUGCGCAUUGGCGUGGCUGCCGACAGCGGCGGAGAUAUUUGGAGCAACGGACGCGCCACCGCGCUGCCCGGCGCAUCCAAUCCGGGUGGCAGACCUGCAACCUUCGCAGUUCCACACGGAGGGAGUUGUUGCGCCGCGAGGAGGAAGACCGAAAACUCCAGACCAUGAUGAUCUACCAACUGGGCCUUGACUGGUUCCAGGCCAAGGGCAUGCGGCGAGUGGAGGUGCACGUUUGCUCUUUGAGCAUCGCUGAGCAUCGACGGAGCCGGAUGGACAGCUACCAGGUCCUGCAAGGUGUGCAGAUGGCACGCAUGUUCCGGCUGGCUGAUAGCAAGCGGGACGUCAUCUUCGUGGCGCCCAAGCACAUCCAUGAGGAUGUCUUGGACUACUACUCCAAGAUCAUGCAGUUCCGUGGCAUCCAGAACCCGCCGGGACGUUUUCAGGUGGUGGUCCCGGAGAACAUGGGCUUGAAGGACAAGUUCUCCUUGACCCAGGCCUUGUUGUGCUCCCCCAAGGCCCUGAAGCGGAUCGCCCGGCUGGUGAGCAAUCGCUUGGCCAUGCUGAUCCCCGAGGCCGUCACCCACGCAGAAGCCAAGCUGAGCAACACCUUGAGACUCCCCUUGAUCGGCCCCAGCGCGCGGAACAUGUCGCUCCUGAGCUCCAAGUCCAACGGCAAGAAACUGGCGCAGCUAGCGCAGCUGCCCGUGGGCCCCUGGGCGGUGGACAUCUAUGACGAGGAUGAGUUCUAUAACUCCCUGGCAGGCCUCGUGGUGAAGCAUCCAGAGGUGAGGACGUGGCUUCUGAAGAUCGAUGAUGAGCGAAACUCCCGGGGCACCGCCUACCUGGACCUGCAGAAGAUCCCUCAGGUGCAGAACGCGGCCUCCGCGCCAGCAUUGCUGGGAGGCGCCAGCCGUGAGCAGCUCCACGGCACCGAGGUCUCGGUGCUGGGCGCCGACGCCAUGGAGGUCCGUUCCAUGCUUCAACACCUGGUGCCGAAGAGAGUUGUGCUGUGCAACCGACAGGUCUACAGCGACUUCAGCCAUUGGCUGGCGGAGGCCUGCCGCAUCGGCUGUGUGAUCCAGGCUGUGCCGGAGAACAUGAUCUCCCAGACGAGUGUGCACUUCCAAGUGGCGCCCGACGGGGCGGUCGAGGUCUUGGGCACCUCCGAGGCGGUGACUUGUACGCCCUUCGUGCGCGCAGCCUCGUGGUAUCCGCACACGAGGGGAAGCUACCAGGUGCUCCAUGAGAUUGGCCUCCGCUUGGGCCGCAGCUUAGGCGCCAAGGGCCUCGUGGGCUUUGCCUCGGCGGACGUGGUCUUUUUCGAUAAUCCUUGCUUCGAUGCGUCGGAGCUGGUCCAGGACGAGGACGGGCACCGCGACACGCCGGCGAUCAUCGGGAGCGACAGCCCGGUGAAUCCGGAGGAGCUGAUGUUCGGAGAGCUGAGGUCGCCCUCCCCCGACAUGAGCAUCGCCGCUGGAGAGCUGCCAGCUCCUCGUGAGCUUCCAGAGAGUCGACAAGCGGACUACGAAGCCGCGCUUUGCGAGCAGGAGUAUCACCUUGAUCCCAAGCCAGUCGACCCAGUGAGUCUCAUGCUUGGUGUGCAGCCACAGGUGGGCGCUUCGAGUGCUAGCCCUUUCGCCUGCUGGGUGGUGGAUUUAGAUGUCCGCCUCACAGAUGAGGCGGCGAUGCUCUUCCCCUUGAAGUUCAUCGCACAGGUGAAGGCAGAGCCCUCGCAGGGCUUGAUGCAUCUCAACAACGAGGCAGCUCAAACCCGGGAGUUGGACUGUCUCCAUGACCUCACCGAGGAGGAGCGCUUCAGUCGGUUGCAGCGUUGGGCAAUGAUUACCCAUGUGGCGAUGGCCCCUCAGCUGGAGCGGAUGAGCCACCAGACGCUGUUCCAGGCCGCCAAGAUGCGGGGCGUCUCCUUCGAUUUGUUCUUCAACGUGGGCUGCAUCUUCACGUUUCUGGAUGUGGUGCAUCAGUUGUUCUCCCUCAUGGCCGUGGAGAAGACUCCGGAGGCUUGUGCUAGGAAGAUGUCCAUGGCAUUAGCCGCCAUUGCUGAAGGAGCCAAAGGCGUCGUUGGCGCGAGACAGGUGGUCAAGCCGAAGGUGGGCGCCAGCGAGGGCACCGACCUCCUCACGCUGAGCGAUGUGCAGAUGGCCUUGAGGGUGGCAACGGGGGCGGUGAUGUCCAGCAGGACUCAUGUCUGGUGGAUGAGGGGCAUGGCUACAUGA